AAAAACCCGGGAUCAGCAGUGCCAGAUACAGCACAUUUUGCCUACCCAGCAGAAAUGUUAAAGCCCCUAUAGCUGCUGCAUUGUCCCGCCGGCCUCGCGAGAGCAGCCCCUGUCUCAACUGUCAUAUAUAUGGGGGCAUCCAGAUUUUCUCCCCUGUCACUUUAGUCCUGGGUUGGAUUGGCCACUGUCCAGCAGGAGAAGAUGUCUCAGUAUUCAGGAAAGAUCAUUUUCUACGAAGGAAAAUGUUUCACGGGGAGGAAGCUGGAGGUGUUCGGAGACUGCGACAACUUCCAGGAUCGGGGCUUCAUGAACCGAGUGAACUCUAUCCGGGUCGAGACCAGCGCCUGGAUCUGCUACGACCAUCCUGAUUUUAAGGGGCAACAGUACAUCCUGGAGCGGGGGGAGUACCCCGAAUUUCACCGGUGGAAUGGGCACAAUGAUCACAUGGGAUCCUGCAGGCCUGUCAGAAUGCAUGGCGAGCGCUACAGGAUGGAGCUGUUUGAGGGUAACAACUUCACUGGCCAGUGCAUGGAGUUCUUUGACGACUGCCCCUUCCUGCAGGGACGUGGCUGGAACAAAAACUGUGUAAAUGCCUGCAAAGUCUAUGGAGAUGGAGCCUGGGUGCUGUACGAGGAGCCAAACUAUCGCGGGCGCAUGUACAUCGUAGAGAGGGGCGAUUACCGCAGCUUUAACGAGUGGCAGAGCCAGAGCGCAAACAUUCAGUCCAUCAGACGAGUAGUUAAUUAUUACUAAACAUGCAGCAGGGACCUCGGCACACACUCAUUUUUACCUCAUGUGCCUGAAACAGAAUGUCCAAUAAACUCUUCAACUGUG